AAAACAAUGCUUGUGUUGCGCUUGUGUUGUACUGUUGACUCCUGCGAGAAUUGGUUCUCGCCAUCGCGUGCAGGAAUGAUUGAUUGUCUUUAAACAUCAAGGGGCCAAACAUACGUUAUUCAAGAUGGUUCGGAAACUGAAAUUCCACGAACAGAAACUGUUGAAGAAGGUAGACUUCAUCAAUUGGGAAGUGGAUAACAACUUGCAUGAAGUUAAAGUGUUACGGAGAUUUCACAUAGAGAAAAGAGAGGACUACACAAAGUACAAUAAACUGAGCCGUAACAUAAGAGAUCUGGCCCGGAAGAUCCGUGACGUUGAUGAGAAAGAUGGAUUCAGAGCUCAGAGUACAUCUCAGCUCCUGGAGAAGCUGUACAGCAUAGGUCUCAUCCCCACCAAAGAAAACCUUGCCCUCACAGAGAAAGUCACAGCAUCUUCGUUCUGCAGGAGAAGGCUUCCAAGCAUCAUGUUGAAUCUGCAUAUGGCUCAGAACCUGAAGACAGCCAUCACUUUUAUUGAACAGGGCCAUGUACGUGUCGGGCCAGAAAUAGUCACAGACCCAGCAUUCCUUGUCACAAGAAAUAUGGAAGAUUUUGUGACAUGGGUGGACUCUUCCAAGAUCAAGCAGCAUGUCAUGAAUUACAAUGAUGAGAGGGAUGACUUUGAUCUGGUGGUGUAAAUCCGAAUCUCUGUGAUCCACCCAUCAGUCACGGGGAGCAGCACAGAAAUGUGUUAAAAGAGUAACAGUAAUAUGAAUGCCAGGAAUACGAACUCGUCAACAG